ACAUCACCAAAGCAUCAACCUUCAGCUCAGAGUGAGUUAGCUUUUCGUUUCGCGAGCGUCGCGUUCCGUUCAACCUUCGUCCUGUACGUUUGUUGCAUAUAUUAUAUUGUUCAAUUUUUGUGUGUAUCGAGUGAGCGGAAAUAUCGAACCUCCGCGGCAAUGUCCUGCCGAGCGAGUUCAAUUCUUUGAAUUGCGGAAAUUGUGAAUCAUCGCCGUCUGCGGAAAAAAUAGUGCGUUCUCUCUCGGGCCAUGAACAACAAGAAAAAAGCAUGCAUUUGUUUACUAGUUUAGCGAAAAGAAAAAGCUGUAAAAGUUGAAUGGUGUGGAAGAGAGCAGCAGCGUCGUAAAUAAAGCCAGCGAAAAGGUGUAUCAAGCGCGAGCCAGCGUUUCAAGUGAAAACAAAGCUUUUGAAUAGUGUGAAAAUUUCAAUUGGAGUGUACAUCGCAGCUGUGCUCUGCAUAACAGGAAAACAAGAUGGUUCAAAAGUACGAAUCACCCGUCAGGAUAUAUAAAUAUCCUUUCGAGCUAGUGAUGGCCGCGUACGAGCGCCGUUUCCCCAAGUGUCCCCAAAUGCCGAUCGUGCUGGAUUGCGAAGUUAUGGAGGACGAAGUCAUGGACAACGGAGCAAAGCGGGAAACGAAACGUCGCUGCAAGCUGGCCGUCGAUGCUCCGUAUCUCUUCAAAAAAAUCAUUGGCAUCGACGUUGCGUUCUUCAUUCAGAAGAACUUUCUGGACAUGAAGGCUCGCACCCUGAACAUCGAAGCCACCAACGAAACGUUCUCCUCGAGGAUCGAAAUCUUCGAGAAGUGCCGCUACUAUGCUCACCCGGAGAAUCCCGACUGGACCUGCUUCGAUCAGACGGCCACGCUCGACAUUAAGAAUUUUUUCGGCUUCGAGCACUCGAUGGAGAAAAUGGGAAUGAAGCAGUAUUCGCAAACCACACAAAAGGGCAAAGAAAUUAUAGAGUUCUUCAUCAACGAGCUGAAGAAGGAGGGUAUUACCCAUGUGGACAGAUGGAAUGAGGAACCGGUCACGGACACCACUAACGAGACCAAUGUCAACGAAAAACCUCCCCUUACUCGAGACAACAGCAUCCUGGAUGCGGACUACAUCGCCAAAUACCUCGGUCAACUGUCCCCUCUGCAGGAGUCCAAGCUUGUUCAGUUCCGCAAAAAGAUCGAAGAAUCCAGCAGUCGUAACGUACCGGACUUUCAAACCCUGCUGCGGUUUCUGCGUGCGCGAGACUUUAGCAUUGACAAAGCUGCCAGCAUGUUGCAAGAGUCGAUGCAAUGGCGCGAAGAGCAUCGAAUCGAUGACAUUCUCAGUGAGUACAAAACACCGAUUGUGAUAGAGAAAUACUUCCCCGGCGGAUGGCAUCAUCAUGACAAAGAUGGGCGACCUCUUUACAUUCUCCGAUUGGGCAACAUGGAUGUGAAAGGUCUUCUCAAAUCCGUUGGAGAGGAUGAACUGUUGAAGUUGACACUGCAUAUUUGCGAGCAAGGGCUGAAGCUGAUGAAGGAAGCGACGAAGCUUUUCGAAAAGCCCGUCUGGAAUUGGUGUCUGCUAGUGGAUUUGGAUGGGCUAUCUAUGCGCCAUUUGUGGCGACCGGGAGUAAAAGCUUUGCUGCGAAUAAUUGAAACCGUGGAGCAAAAUUAUCCGGAAACAAUGGGUCGUUUGUUGAUAGUGAGAGCUCCACGCGUAUUCCCAGUGCUAUGGACGAUCGUUAGCACGUUUAUUCAUGAAAACACCCGUUCGAAGUUUUUAUUCUUCGGUGGCCCUGACUGCUUGCAUACGGAGGACAGCUUGGAACACUACAUACCGACAGAAAAAAUACCUAGCUUUCUGGGAGGAUCGUGUAACCCGAGCAUUCCCACGGUAAUGGAACCGGUACCACCCAAGCUCUACACACGCUGCUUUCUGAGCGCGUGUAAUUGUAGCCUCAUCCACGAGGGUGGUCUGAUCCCGAAGCAUCUGUACAAGUCGGAAUCGAUAGAAGGUAGCAACGGUGUGCCGCAUAACCACGACCAUCAUGGGCUGUACAAAUCGGUAGAUCUGAAACCGGGGCAAGUUUUUGAGCUCAUGGUUAAAAACACCGACCCGAAAUCGGUACUCACGUGGGACUUUGAUGUGCUCAAAAAUGAUCUUUUGUUUGCUCUGUAUCGAACCGAUAAGGAAACAGAACUGAAUUAUAAUGAUUCUUUCUCAUCAAUAUUCGAUUCAGCGGACUUUAUGGAAGAUGUAAACUACAGCAAACUAGAGGACAAGGUUAAAUGUAAGCCUAAGGAGGGCGUGCAGGGUUCCCACGAAAUGGCCACAGCUGGCACCUAUGUGUUGCAGUGGAUGUGUCCUCCUUCCUGUGAAGGUCCUGCGCAGCUGAUGUACUUCUACGAGAUUCUAAGCUCGGCCAAUUACAAAGGCUCAAUGACAAGUCUGCAGUCACGGUUCUCCUCCAACAGUUUGCAAUCUCGAUGAGAUGCGACUUAUGAGGACAAUCCGAACAAAAUCUAUUCAGUGAAGGAUAACUGAAGAAAAAAGAACAAAUCGGAAACAACUUCUACAAAUCGUAAACCUCUCUUGAAACAACAGAAAAAACAGGCAACGAUCAUUGAAAAGCAAAUCAUUGGGAACUGCAAUUUGAAGGUUGUAACAUCGUAACAUUAAGUGAACUAUCGAAUCAAAAACCUUUUAACAGUAAACCAAGCCAAUCAAGAGAACGUUGUGUCACACCAGCAUCAAAAUGACAGGAUUCGAAUCAAUUAUCUUAGGGAAAUAGUAAAUUGCAGCGAAGGGAUUUAUUAGCAAAUUUAUAUAUGUCCAUGUGACUUAGACAUAAGACAAUAUCUGACAACAAAUCGCAAAACUUGUAUUAACUAUGGAACUGUGAAUCUUCAACAUUAAGAUGUAGAUCGCAAAAGUAAAUAGCUUGUAGUUCUGAAAGUAGACGCUAGAUUUUGAAUUUUAUACGUGAGAAGAUAGCAAAAAGGUUUUCAUAAUGCAUCGUUGUCGCACGAAGAAUGAAGCUCGACUAGAAACAUUUUUUGUGGCUACUGCUCAAAUAGCACAGAUUAAAAUAUAUGCAUGAUCUAGAAAUGGCCUUUUAGCCACUCAAUAUACGAGGAAAACAGGCAGAAGUCGAUGUGAGAAUAUGAUUUAUAGGUAUAAUGUUCCCAAACAUCAAUGCUGUACAUAACAAUAGGUGUACGUUCAUAAGAAUAGUGCAAUAGUUGAAAAAAGUAUAAAACUAUUCCCCACAUCUGUUCAACAUCACCGCCAAGUAGCACUUAUGAGGCUAGCAAUAGUUUGUCAUUUACUUUAUAUAAUUGUUCUUCGUUAAUAUUGACAAAACUUUUCUGUCCCUUUUCCGCGCAUAACUAGUUUCGCCCUAUAAUCACAAUGGAUCACGGGUAGGCGGACAAAGAAUAUACCGAAGGAAGGUUAUUUUCUGUGAUAAAGUUUUUAAUUUGUUCAAAGGCAGAGUUUUUGAGUCGACAUUAUCGAGAGGGAAGAUUUAUACGCGCCUCCUUUUUCCGGCCCACGUGUUUAUUGUAGUUGAAGUUUAAAUAUGUGCGGUCUGUUUUAAAAUAUUGCAUUACCCGUAACGAGGAUGAGUCCCAUAUAUAACGACAAAGAUUCCAACCAUCAGAUAUACGUAUAUAUCCUUACAACAAGCGAACCUCUGAAACACAGAAGAAAUUAUAUAUUUUUUAACGCAGAAAUACCAAAUACAAACAUAAUCAACAGUCCCAAAACAGGAUAAAUAUCUCAUUGGAAAGAUCUAUAAAACAUAUUUUUUUUAAUUUUAAACUGAUACCUAGCUCUGUGUGAACAUAAAAUUUAUUUUACACCACGAGAAUAGCAGUGGACCGCUGUGCGGAAACAUGUUUCCACGCAGGAAACGAGAGCAACUAUAUGUUACAAGAAUUGAGUAUAAUUAUGUGUUAACGAACAACACAAGAAACGAUCUAAAGUAUGAGCGUAGACGACGAAAACAGAAAUAUUAAGGAUGAAUAAUAGAGAUACAUCAAAAUCAAUCUAAUCUUGAACGGUCAAAAGGAUAGGUGUGGUAUUUGAUGGGGAAUUGAACAUUCAAUAAAUUAUUCAAAAAGUUA